AUGAUGCAGGGCGGUAGAGGGCAGCGGGCUGGCCCUCUUCGGAGCCGUCCAGAGGUAGAGCCUGAUGGGGUCAGCUGUGGGGCAAGCGGCGCAGCCCCCCGAGAUGGCACCGUACGUCCGGACUCGAACCCUCAUAGAAGGGAAAGAAGAAGCAUUAGCUUGGACGGAAUUAGAACCCGUCCCGCUGAGGUUUCAAACACACGAGAUAGGAGAGUACGCUGGACACAGGAGGAAAACGUCCUCUUAAUACGUACUCAUUUCAUUGCUCAACAAUUACAACAGGACACAGGAAGAACUUACAGAGAAAUCUUAACAACUACGUGGAACGAGAUUAACCCAGGGAAACUAUCCUACCCGAACCUUCUUGCCAACAGAGUGAAACUGAUUCUCCAGAACGAAAAAUUAUCCAGUGUUGAAUUGGAGGUCAUUAAAAAAAGCAUAAGGCCUCACACGAUUAUCACCUCGGAGAACACAGACGCAGAAACCGAGGAAACCCAUGCAGAAACCCAAAUCGAACCAACCCCUCAAUGGAACAAAACGGCGCAAGUCUUCAUGAAAAAUAUGAGGAUGUAUGAAAAAGUAUCUCCCCAGGAUAGACCAAGAAUUCCAAGACUCAAGGGCUCACGAAGAAUCCUAGAAUGCGUUGAGAGAACAAACUCAGUGAUAAAAUCUAGAAUACAAGAUCACUCCAGUAUUGAAGAUCUGAUCGACUGUGUAUACGCAGGGGCGAUUACAGUUUGUGAGGAGAAUGGUAUUCGUCUGUGCGAUAAAGAAUUUAAGUCGAAAGAAGAAAAAAUCCCACCUUGGAGGACGCGUCUGGAAAGAAAAAUUAAUAAUAUUAGAAAAACAAUAGGUACACUACAUACUUACCUGAAUAAUAACUCACCAACCAGGAAAAUAGUUAAACGAGUAUCACGCAUAGCCUCACAACAUCAUAUUGAGUCCCACAACGAACAACUCAGGCAGAAGCUUAUAAUACUAUCUGAUACUCUGAAACAAAAAAUAAAGGCUUUGGGAAAUCGUAUCAGGCGUUAUAAUGAAAGGGUUAAAAGAUACAAAAAUAAUCAACUCUUUUACAAGAAUCCCAAACAAUUCUAUCGCACACUUGAGGGAACUUCCGCAGACAACAAAACUUAUCCAACACCAGAAAGUAUACAUACAACAUGGAAAGAAAUAUGGAGUUACUCGAGAGAUCACGAUGAUGAGGCGUUUUGGAUUAAGGAAGCAGAAGCUGAAUCUAAUAAAUAUGUUAUGGAACAAAUAAUCAUAACUGGUCAAGACAUAAAAACAGUUCUAAAAAAACAAACAACUGGUCUGCACCGGGGCCUGACGCGAUCCAUAAUUACUGGUGGAAAUAUUUCGAUUCGACGCAUAAUCACCUGGCGAAGCUCUUUCAAGAAGCUUUAA